AUGCCAGGGGAUGAGUUGUCAGACGAUCACCUGUAUGCCCAGAAUGGCCAGGAUGAACGCGAAGCUCAAUCACUUCUGUCUGCCUCAAGUGAGGAGCAGGACCUAGCUUUCCACCCGGAGCCUCUUCCGUCGCCGAUCAUCCCCUCACAUAACGCGACAAAUGGCACACGCCACUCCGCUAUCUCUCAACCUACGGCCGAUGGAAAACGCCGCACACCCCGUACCAUGAAUCGAGUUCGAUUUGACCUGCAGGAAGAGCCUGAAGACCCCAAUCGCAUUUCCAUUGAGCGUGCUCUCAGCCCAGACGACAGUCCAGACGAUACACUAUGGCUAGAGGAUGAGGACUAUGAAAUUGGAAAUAGGGGCCCAAUAACACACCACAAUGGACAAUCAAUCCCUCUCCUCACAAAUAUUGAAGCGCCUAGUGUGACACUUGCGACAUCGGACGAUUUCUUCCCCGAAGACCAUCUCGAAGAUGCACGACCGCGGAGUGGGAUGAAAAUGGCGUUCAUGAAUAUGGCUAAUAGCAUUAUCGGAGCUGGAAUCAUUGGGCAACCUUAUGCGCUUCGUCAGGCAGUGGAUUGGACCAUUCGAUUGAUUGUGAUCAACUCUAAAUUGAGUGGGGCGGAUUCGUUCCAGGCGACUAUGCAGCAGUGUUUCGGGAAACCCGGUCUCAUCGCAAUCUCGGUUGCGCAGUGGGCAUUUGCAUUCGGCGGCAUGGUCGCAUUCUGUAUUAUUGUUGGUGAUACCAUUCCACACGUUCUAGGCGCUUUGUUUCCGUCUCUUAGGGAUAUGUCCUUCCUAUGGCUCCUCACAGAUCGCCGGGCUGUUAUCGUUAUCUUUGUUUUGGUAGUUUCAUACCCAUUGUCUUUGUAUAGAGACAUCGCUAAGCUGGCGAAAGCAUCUGCCUUGGCAUUGGUCAGCAUGAUAGUCAUUGUUGUCACGGUCAUAACCCAGGGUUUCCGGGUGCCGCCUGAAUCGCGCGGAGAGAUUAAAAGCCACCUCAUAUUCAACACUGGCUUUUUCCAAGCUGUCGGGGUCAUCUCUUUUGCUUUUGUUUGUCGUAUGUCGCUUCUUAUCCCACUGAUAUCACAAUCGCUAAUUUCCACAGACCACAACAGUCUUCUGAUCUACGGCUCCUUGAAAAGGCCGACACUCGACCGUUUCACCCGGGUCACUCAUUACUCGACAGGAAUCUCUCUGGUGAUGUGCCUAGCAAUGGGCAUCGCAGGGUUCCUAUCCUUCGGGUCUAAAACCCAGGGCAACGUUCUGAACAACUUCCCAUCAGACAAUAUCGUUGUCAACAUCGCACGAUUUUGCUUUGGCCUGAACAUGUUGACGACACUACCGCUCGAGGCGUUCGUUUGCCGUUCCGUCAUGACAACCUACUACUUCCCCGAUGAACCGCACAACACUGUUCGACAUGUUAUUUUCACAACGGCGCUGGUGGUGACUUCAAUGGUGUUGUCUUUGAUAACCUGUGAUCUGGGAAGUGUUUUUGAACUCAUUGGCUCGACCAGUGCCGCUGCUCUAGCCUAUAUAUUCCCUCCUCUCUGUUACAUCAAACUAAGCAGUGCUACGCGGCGGGAGAAGAUCCCGGCGUAUCUAUGCAUUUUAUUUGGGCUGCUUGUGAUGGGUGUUAGUCUAGUGCAGGCGGUCGUCAAGAUCAUGGGAAAUGACGGCGAGGCUCAUAGUUGCAGUGCACCCUAA